ACCGACUUCAACAGGGCGAGACCUAUCUAAACGCUUGUCAUAUUCUCGUGAAAUGAUACAGGUGUAUUUGUGCUUAGCUAUGAGUUUGGAAUAGAUAAACAUACCUCUAUGACAGUUAGCCGAUGUGACCUAUUGUCUGGCCGUGCGUUAUUGGUGAACUGGAUGUCACUUCAAUCCCCUCGAAUAUAGGCCCAUCUAACCCUGAUCACCGCAAUGCAACACCUCAGGCCGUCUGACAUCUUUUUUACACAACGUUGUGUAAGUAAUCAUUUUAAGAAAGGGACAGCGCAUAGUGGUUAUUCCAUUGGCCUAACUCUGGACGAUUUGUGUACGGGCAGAUGUACAGUGUCUGACAUACCCACGAUUAACGUAAUGUGGGAGCAUGGUAAAUGGUGGACAGCGGAUAACAGGAGACUGUGGGUGUUCCGGCAGUACGAGAGACUGGGCGGAUGUACAACCAUUCCCGUUAUCAGGACGUACUGGAUCGACCCACGAAAGAAAUCCACAAUGAAUGGAGGUGAAAGUGUUGAGAUUCGCAACAAUUUUCCAGGUGGUACAUGGUGGACAGAGCUGAGUGGCUCUCUAUCCACAGCCAAUAGGACACCCAUGCUAUUUGGUAUAGAGGACAAACUGGCCAAUUUGUCUUUGAGGAACAACCAGGAUUUAAGAGAUGCAAGUUCUGUGACGAGAAUCAGAAGUACAUCGCCAUGCAUGUCAACUGAUGACGAGUUGUUCGGGUUAUUACGGAGCAAGACCAGCCUUCAACCUCGGUCCUUCGCUAUGGGACAGGCAAGCACUGGUUGGACGAGGGACACAACUGAGCAGACAGGAGUUCUUACUCUGCAGCCAGCACCCGCGAGCACCCGCUUGAUCCGGCCAGAGAUGAACAGAAUUUCAGCUGCUGUCAGCCGGCCUCCAUCAUUUUCAAUUCUUGAACCUGAAAAAGUAAAGUUUACCAAGAGACAGAUUAGUUUGAGUAUGGAUGGUCGCUUCCCCUCUGCCCCGAGCUCUGUGUACAAGCUGUGGAUGAACCUGGUGGAUGGGGCAGUGAUUCCGGAAUACAUCCCACCAAUAGACGUCUACCAGAUGGACGGGAACUACUGGGUGGUGUCCGGCAAUAAGCGGCUAUGGGCCUUCAGACAGGCGGCCAACAUGUUACCUGGCCUCCUGAUACAGGCCCAGGUGCACACGGGUGACCAGAGGGAAUUCCUGCGAAGGGUGAACGAGAACAACCAGUCGUACCAGUCUUUAGAAGAUGUGCUAUCUAAUGGAGAUGAUGUGGACAUUGUGGACGUGGCAUAGAUUUAAACUAUACAGGUCAUAACCAUAACCGAAAUGUUAUGGUGGUGAUGUGAAAGAGUUUGUCUGGCUUACAAUUACCAUGAAAUAGGAGUGGUACUUUUACCCGGUAUGCAAGGCAGGAAAACUGCAUAGCCAAAACACCCUUCUUUGUUAAAAAUACAGGUCAGUGUGUUGCCAGACUGCCACCUUUGUUGACAACCUGGAUGUGCCUGUUAACAUUUAAAGGUGACCUCAUAUGAAGGGAGUGGACAGAAUUAGCCAUAUCUUCACAGGUCUUCCACUGGUCUGUAACAGGGUGUACUAUAGCUGUCCUGUUUGGAUGUUUUUAGCAUUUAGACAUUGAAACUUGGUGCACAAGCUUGUCUUGAUAUACUUUGAUGUGUGUAAUUUUGAAAUUUGUGAUUUGUGGUAGAGUUAAACAGGCCAUAGAUAUCAGUACCAAGUUUGAGAAAACUCGUGGAGACCAUACAGUUUAGUUCUCACGGUGAUUUUCGAUGCAAGGAUUUUGGCACUAUGAUUGUUUAAUUGUCAUUUUUAUUUCAUUUCCUCACAGUUCAUGUUCACACAAAAGUACAUGUACAUCAUGUUUCUAUACAGUUUUUCUUGUUUUUAGAAUUAUUAUUUAAACUGAAUUUGA